AUGAGCGCGGCAGGCCUGUGCAUCACUCGUGGGCUGCUGCGCUGCCCACGGCACAGCUGGAUCCUGGGUACGUGGAGCCCUGUGUGCAGACGGGCUGCACCUGGGCUGCCUCGGUCACAGCUGCCCAAACACGCAUCUGGGCAGCAGAGCCCUCUGUGGCAGCCCCAGCACACCUAGGCUGCUCUCCAAGAUUUAGGUGAAACAGGGCUCUUCUGCCCCAGAGAGAGGGGCCUGUCGCCUGCGUGGUACCGAGAUGGGUUCCCUCGAAGUUAUAAUUCGUACAGGAGUAUGCUGCACAAAUAAGGUUUGAGGAAGGUAGAUGUGUGCUAACAGCUACUUCAGCUCUCCUUGAAAACAUCACCAGGAGGUGCUUGGCACAAGGGAAUUGUUCCUCUCUGUGUGGCACUAGUCUGAUAAACAACACUUUUGCCCUCAGUGAUGGUGAGCUUUCUGCUGAAGCCAGGGACUUUGUCCUAUGGGAGCAGAGGUUAAAUAGGUGCUUCUAUGGUGCUUGUUUUGUGUGUCCUCUGCCAACAAUAGUGGUGUCAGGUCUGACAGUAGGGCCAGGGCUCCUUCUCCUACUGGUAUGUCCUGCAGUGCAGGCAGAACACACUAGUGAAACUGCCUGGUUUCUGGAGGAAGCUGAACAUGCUGAGGACUGUCCCUAGGGGCGAGGCCUGAGUGGACAAGUGCUCCAGGCAUUGAUUUUUUGACUGCAGCAAUGAGUUUUGAAAAGAGAUGACACAGGAAGCAGAGGCCAGGGCCCUUUCAUUCCAUGACCUGCACAGUGGUGUGUGCUGGAGCUCUGUUCCCUCUCUGCCUUGGAAUUCAUUCAUAAAUCAUGUUUUCCUGGAAGCUAGUGUUUGCAUCCUUGAAACAUCAGUCUGAGCUCUUCCUUAACAUAGAGCCUGUAUGGUGCAGUUGGUUCCCAGUCACACUUGCUUGGACUGAAUGCUGGACAAGCUGCCCCUUUCCUGGCAGCCUGUUGCUGCAGGUCAUAGCUAACAGAGGAUUUGGCUUCGAUUACACUGGGGUAACUUGGGGUUUUUGUUUUGAGUGAGUGGGGCAGCAAAUGCUGCUGUUUCCGAGUUGUGCCGGUGGCUUAGGUGGGUGAAAUGGAUACAGUACAGAGCACUGCCCAUUUCGCUUCUAGUGAAACCGAUGAUACUAGGAAUGCUUGGUUUCUGCGGAUAGUGUUGAACACUGAGCAGCAUCUGAGCCCCACUGUAGAUGCGCAGAAACUUGCCAUCUGUGCUAGCAGAGCCUGUAACCCCAGAGUGGGGAGCUAAAAGCUUUGAGGGUAAACUAUCAUCUCAUUCCCCUCCUCUUCCAAGGACAUUGUGGAGCUAGGAGAGUGCCCUGCUGCAUGCAGGUAGCAGCACCACUGCUGGGACCGCUGAAGCUGGAGUAGUUCUGCUGGGACUAACCGUGGGCUGCUGGCACGUGGCUCAUGCUGCUGUGGCAUUUUGUCUUUGCAGAGCUCCCUGAGAACUGGGCUGAUAUGCAGGAGCCGCUGCUUGAGGGGAUGUGCUUCACACUCAAGUACCUGGGCAUGACGCUGGUGGAGAAACCCAAAGGAGAGGACAUGGCAGCAGCUGCCAUCCGUCGGAUCGUUGCCAUGGCACGGGUGGGAGCUAGGAAGUUCCAGAAGGUGAUUCUGACAGUGUCGCCGAGGGGCAUUUCACUGCAGGAUGCGGAGACAAAGGAGAUGGUUGAGAACAUCUCCAUCUACAGGAUCUCCUACUGCACAACAGACAAGCUGCAGAACAAAGUGUUUGCUUAUGUUGCCCAGAGCCAGGAGAGCGGGGCCCUGGAGUGCCAUGCCUUCCUCUCACCCAAGAAGAAGAUUGCCCAGGCUGUGACUCUGACUGUGGCCCAGGCCUUCCAGAUGGCGCUGGAUCUCUGGGAAGCAGCACAUACAGGCUCUAGGCAGGAACAGCCCCUUCACCCUUCAUGUGCUUUGGAGAGCAGGGAGCCCGGCAGAGCAAGUGAGCCAGCCCCCCCGGGGAGCCCUCCCUUCAGACACCAGUUUGGGGAGGAGGAAGAGGAGGAGGAAGAUGACAACCUUGAUGAAGCUUUAUCUGGUGUCGGUGCCUCCUGUGCCUGGAGUGAGCUCGCCUGCCACACAGCUACCACUGAGUUGGCCGCACUUGGGGCAACCCCCAGACAGCCAGAAGUAGCUGGGAGGGGUUGGAGACCCACCCACACCUGGCCCGAGCAGUGCUGGCCCCACGGCCCCCCUGGGCUAAGCCAAGUCUUCGCAGCAAUGGACCAGCCACUCAGGAUUCACCCUGUGCCUGUGCCCAGGUCAGCCAGCGCCUGCCUCUGCUCCCUGUGUUGCCCACUGGCACGGGGUCCACAGGUGGUGCUGCCGUGCAGCGCAGACUCUGCCUGCUGCUCUCCCCUGCAUGAGCUGCCUCGUGCUGCAGUGGCUCACUGCUCAGGUUAAGGGGCUGAUGCUCCUCGCUCUGCCCCUGUGGCCUUGCCCUCCUGUGGUGUGGGCCGCGUGGGCACGGCUGCCCCAUGUGCUCUGGGCCUGCCUGACACAGCCAGGACGCCUGGGCUGUGCUGACCUGGCAUCUCCCCUUGGUGGCUCCCACUGACUCCAUGGGAUGACUGUUGGGGACCAGCUAGGGCAGAGCAGUCCUCAGGGAUGGAGUGGGACUCGCGACUCAAGGGGGCAUGUGGCCCUGGGGGAGCAGUGGCUCCUGGCCUGGAGGGGGGAGCGUGGAGGGCCCCUACAGUUCAGCCGUAUGCCAUCUAAUGAGUGAAACGAGCUGGUUUUUAAGGGAAAGCUCUGCCUUUGUAGUGAAAUAAACUUGAGGUUUUUUUACUUGUUGUCAUUUGGGGCUGAGCAUUGGAAGAGGGCUGUGGGUGAGGGUUCUAGGUGCUGCGCCUUUGCAGCACUGGCUGCAGUGAGGCCUCCUGGCCCACGGCGAGGGCUGAGGUGUGCCUGAGGCAGCUGACAAGCAGUCU